AUGGCUACCACAACCAUCCCCGAGUACUCGCGAUGGAUAGUGACAGCAGCCACGAUCUUCAUGCUAUGGGCUGUCCUCAUGUCUCUGGUGAGGGUGUGGGCACGAUGGAGCAGAAACAUGGGGUCCGCGAUGCAUGAUGGCAUUUUCGCGGCGGCAUUUAUCUUUGCAAUGGCUGAAGACGUCUUGCUAUACCUGGCCAUAUCGAAAGGCUACGGUAAAAAGGCUGCCUCGGAUGUUUCGGACUACAGUGGCAGUGUUCUGAAGCUUCACUUCUCCUCGCAACUCCUGUAUGUGGCAUCCACCGGCCUAUCGAAAUGUUCGACAGCCGCUUUUAUCGGCAGUCUGACUCGGGACAAACGCCAGAAACGAGUCUCCUACCUCAUCACAGCAGUCAUGGCCGUCUGGACACUUGCAUCUGUCCUAGCCCUCGCCAGCCUCGGAGACGCCUUUGAGUAUAUGACGGAUGAUAUCCAAGCGGUUGCCACACAAUACCAGCGAUGGCUUGGUGUAGAAAUCUCAGGAGCCUUUCUGGAGAUUGUGUUGUGGGCUUACUCGAUUACAUUAGUCUGGGGCCUAAGCAUGCCGCUGGGCAGACGAUUGAAAGUCGUAGCCGUCUUCGGUGGUCGUCUUCUCCUCCUGCCCAUCGUCGCCGGCCGCCUCUACUUCCUUCAAACAGCCACCAAAGACCCCAAUCUCUACCUAGCAGAUAUCUUCACCCAAGGCAUCAUGAAUUUCGCACUCAUGGCCGAAUGCGCGCUCUGCCUCAAACCCUUCCUUCAAGCCUUCCACGACGAAUAUGGUCUAAGCACAGGCGUAGUUGGCCCAUACAGCUCCAAUCCCUCUCGCGACCCAUACGCCCAGCUCAGUAACAUCACCGACAGCCAGAUACGCAAUACCAAGGGCUCUGCCAAGACAAGAGUCACAGCGAUGAGAUCGCAAGAUGAGCGCGAUGUGAUCCAGGGGGACAAGAGACCUGGACAUCAGAGCAUCAAUUUCGCGCUCAGAGGUGAUACAGCCGGUCUUGGAGCGGACGCGAUAUGUACUGCUGAUCGAGACCGACGGAGCCAGGUUGUGCAUGAGGCCGAGGACGACGACGUGGAGUUGUUGCAGAUGCAUAAUGGGAUCCAACGGAGGACGACGGUCACUGUUCAGAGCGAAGCAGUGCCGGGUUCAUGA